AUGGCAGACAGAUACUCGUUUUCCCUCACGACAUUCUCGCCCAGCGGCAAGCUUGUCCAGAUAGAAUAUGCUCUGAACGCAGUAAAUCAAGGUGUCACUUCGUUAGGCAUAAAAGCAACAAACGGUAUCGUCCUCGCGACUGAAAAGAAGUCGUCAUCACCUCUCAUCGAUCCCCCUUCCCUGUCGAAAGUGUCCCUCAUCACGCCCAACAUCGGCAUGGUCUACAGCGGCAUGGGCCCGGACUAUCGAGUGCUCGUCGACCGAGCCCGCAAAGUCUCGCACACGAACUACAAGCGCAUCUACAAUGAAUACCCCCCCACACGUAUAUUGGUGCAGGAUGUGGCCCGAGUGAUGCAGGAAGCGACACAGUCCGGUGGUGUGCGGCCCUACGGUGUGAGCCUGCUGAUAGCAGGAUGGGACGAUGGGAUCGAGCCAGAGACCCUCGCCGCAAAGGAAGGCGAGACCGAAGCAGAGGCCAAACUGGCAAGCAGGAAGACGGGCGGCAUCCUGAAGGGCGGCCCCAGCCUGUACCAGGUCGAUCCGAGUGGCAGCUAUUUCCCCUGGAAGGCCACCGCCAUUGGCAAGAGUGCGACGAGUGCAAAAACCUUCUUGGAGAAGCGAUACAACGACUCUCUGGAGCUGGAGGAUGCCAUUCACAUCGCGCUGCUAACACUCAAAGAAACCAUCGAGGGAGAGAUGAACGGCGAUACCGUCGAGAUAGGCAUCGUGGGCGAGCCUGCGAACCAUCUGCUCGGCUACGAGGGCGUCGAGGGCGCGGUGGGCCCGAGAUUCCGGAAACUCAGCAAAGAGGAGAUUGAAGACUAUCUGACGAAUCUGUAA